UUUUAUUGAGGGACUUCUAUUAUGAUAGUUUGUAGAGCAUAUUUCCAGAUACAUCCAGUAGGAGGCAUUAUUGUACAAGGUUGCUGCCUGCAGCCUGCUUGUAUUAUUACUGAGAGAACGGCAACUGUGCACUUAAGUUUUGUCCUGCCUGUUAUUUUGGAUGUUUGUCGGCAUUUGGUGUUUCAGAGUGUUAGUUCGUGACCAUAAAACUAAUUUUCAAUACACUCUGGAAAGAAGCUCCAGUCUCCUCAUUCUUUGUGUCCUGACCGACACACCAGGAGUGUAUACUGCUGAUAGUUAGAACCCAAGCCUAGCAGUCUCUUUCCUCUCCAACAACUGGUCCUUCAAGCCGGAGGCAGUGUUCAUUCUGGGUACCAUGGAAUCUGAUGAGGAGAUUGUUGGAGCAUCCAGACCAAAACGCCAAACACGUCCACCAGUACGAUUCCAAGAUUUCGAAGUGCAGUAUGUAGGUGGCAGAGCUGUAACUGAACAUACUAUCUCACCCCCCUGGGAGGUACCGGCCCAUUUGACACCUCUCCAGUCUUCGUGGCACAAUCCUAAUUACCUCUGUGAUGAUGCUGCUCUUCACACAGGCCCUCGGUUAAGAUCACCAAGCUUCAGUUCUACAGAGCACAGUGAAAACCUAGCUCAGUCAUUCAUGUCAGCCCAGCAGCCCAGAUACCCUGAGCCUGAGUACUACAAUGAACUACAAGCCAUUCGCAGAGAGAAUGCACAGCUGCUGCAGACACACCAAGCUUUUCGUGAUGACAUCAUGGAGUUGAAAGCAGUUAGUACUGAGUUCAAAGAACUUGUUAAAAUUGCUCAAGCCCUGAGAGCAGAGCUCAGUCCAUGUAAAAGCCAUGACAGUCCUCCAGUGCAAUCAGACCCCAAAUUGCCAUUCACUUCUUCCUGCCACGUAGACCAGACAGAGCAGGCCACAACAGCUGAUGAUAAAGAGUGGCCUGAGCUUCCACCCUGGCCUGAGCCCGAGUUAGAACUGAGAAGGGGUAUGGAGACUUUAAAGUUAUCAAAACCCAGCACAGCUACCUAUCAACGAUAGGUACAGAGGUACUCGAAGGCCUCCAAGUCUCAAUCUUCCCAAGCAUAUCUGCCUCCUCAGUAUUAUUCUCAAAGUCCAAAUGUGCUACCUCCACCACCAACACCUGAAGACCUCAGAGAGUUGUUAUCCUCAACUGCACAGUCCUUAUAUCGGAAACCUUCACAGGCCCAAAUCCCAGUUUCCUCUCCCCAACGUGGAGCCAUGCCAGCUCAGUUGAGUCAUCUAAGACCUGCAGUAAAAUCCAAUAUACCAUAUUUUACCCAUACCUCAGGGUCAGAGUAUGUCUAUAGAGGGCCUACCCCUACUAUCCCCAAGUUCAGCCGGCCAGAUCCAAGCGAGUUUGCCAGACUUCGAAUUGCUUUAGAGAAUUUGCUUCCUCCAGAUGGGACUGAACUCUUUAAAUAUCAAAUACUGGUGGACCAUUUAAACUUGGAUGAAGCUAAGCUGAUUGCAGAUGCUUUUCUGAACUCCCCUACCCCAUUUACUGACACCAUUGU